CAUAGGUAGGUUGAGCAUGAUCGUGUGGGUGAACGUACCCUGCGAGCAGAAGCUAUAUUUUUGUGGUAUGCAGUGGCGUGCAAAAAGUAGCCUUGCCAGGUCAUACCACGAAAAUGUAGCCUCUGCUUGCAGGGUAAGGUGAAUGUAGUCCUGAAUAGGACGGUUGUUGACAGUGACUGACCUUUUUGAAAAUCUGUGCAGUAGUCAUCUUCAGAGUCAAAGUGAGUUGUAUCACGUCUGUUGCUGGUAUUUAACUCUGUUUAUUGACCUGAUUGGUCAGUUAAGUUGCGAUGUUAUUGGUUGUCUGUCGGUUAAGCCAUGAUGUUAUUAGCUGUGAAGACUUGUAAUGUCAUUGGUGGGUUAUACCUGCCACAAGUCCUAACCCAAUGAAUGGUACAAUCCACAACCUUUCAAACUGUGUUCGGCCACUUUUUUUCCGUGUUGAUAGAACAUAAAAUACACUAAAAUAACGUAAUGUUUUAAACUUCUUUUUAUUAUUAAGUAUGGUUCCAAGAAACCGUCAUUACCGUCAUUUUUUUAUUUUAUAGUAUUUCUUUCCGUCUUUUUUUAGCCGACAGGGAUUGAAAUUCCUGAUUGCAUCUGUUGUAUGUAACUUAAGGACAAUACUCUGUAAUCUGAGAAUGUAUACAGGAAUUAAAACAUCCUGAAGUUUGCAGAAAAAUAGAAAUAUCCAACCUGGACAUGGAAAAUGUACAUUCUUAAAGGAAGAGUGUAAUACAGUGGUUUUGUGAAUUGCAGAGUGACCGAGAUAACAGCCAGUUGAUUGUAAGGGAGUAUGCCUUGUUUUGUUUGGGAAGAUUUGUGGCGCAAACUGUCGGCGAACAUACGUUUUAUUCAUCCAAUAAUAUGGUAUAUGGAAAAGCUAUGGAGGCUGCCAAGUCAAAUGCGUUAAUGAGAUGUUGUAAAGAUCUGGGCGUCGCAAGCGAGCUCUGGGAUCCUCAGGUAACAGUUAUUUCAAUGCUAAAGCAUUCUAUUUGACACGAUAUUGUUCAAUGCAACCAAGGGCACUUAUCAAAAUGCACAACUGGUCGGCUGGGCUGGAUGUUUUGAAAAUGAAUAGGUUUUUUUUCCAAGAGUGUUCACUAAAACACCCAGUUCUGCCUUGCCUGCUAUUUGGAAUAUACUUUUCUGGCUCAGGAGACAUUCCUGUCCAAGGGGGGAAUAAGUUAGUUUGAUGCUUUUGUCUGGCCAUUUUGAUUGGAGUGGUAGAAUUAGUUUUUGUGGAGGAAUGAUGAUGCAGGCAAACUUGAUGGGGAUUUGUAUCCAGAGCACUGCGUCUGCUUUUCAAAACCGGGGAUGUACAUCAUGAUCAAGCCUAUUGGCGGGCGAGUGAUAACAAAGCAGCAUAUUAUUAGUAUAGUUGCUUUUUCUUAUUAGUUGGUCUUAACAUGCACAGCUGGUUCAUUGGUUGUUAUCUGGGAUUUUCCCAAUGUGUGAUGUCAACUUCAAAAACUUAUUAAUAAUUCAUAAAGAAAAAACAAAAGAAAUGUUAAUGUUUAAUGAGUAUCUUUAUAUCUGAUAAAGACAUGGCUAAACUUUACGUCCAAUUUUUUAGACCAAAUUAACUCCAAAUCGUAAUAUUAGUGCAUGAAUAAGGUGACCUAUGACAGAGGUUUUGAAGCCGUUCCAAAAACUUGCAGUCGUGUAUUAUCAUGCAUAUGACGUUUUUAAACCUGAUCAUUCACUCCUGCUCGUAUUUUAAACAAUACUUAAUAUAUAUUAUCGCCAGUAUUUACCCAGAAGUGAUUGUAGGGCACAUUGGUUUAAGGUCUAAUUCCCGUGCAUACGUAUGCAUAAUUUAUGAAAAGACAAAGUGGCAAAUUCCCCUGAGACGUUCAUUGGGAAAACAUAACAUACAAGCUAAAGAGGUCUAUUACGUCUUUACGUCGUAAGACCAACAGGGAGAUCGUGUUCGUGUGUUGCGAAUUGUCGGCUCGUUGAACAAACAUUUUAUUUUAAAUGGAAACGUUUCUCGGAUUAACAUCGCGGUGAUGAUCUUGCCACUACUAAUGCAUAGUAUUUCAUCCUAAGUUUAUCAUUCGCUCUUAUUUCAGUUCAUCAUUCAGUGGAAAGAUAAAUUUGCUCUGAGUGCCUGGUGUGAGAACGUACGAACCAGGGAGAAAAAAAAGUUGUGGAGGAGAAAGGAUAGGAAAACAACUGAUGCAUUUCAAUAUCCGUGGAAGGAAAUCAGCCAAGAAAAAUGA